CCCUACACUUCUGAAACUCCGAUCUGUCCCGCCGCACUCCCGUGAUUUCAUUCCCCUGUUUCCCGCAGCUCAUAAAUUCGACUGGUGGAGAUCGAUGGUGGAGGAAGAACUACUCGCCGCGGGGUGCAGGACACCGGAGAGAGAGGAUUGCCGGAUCCCGGCGAUGGCCUCUCCGCCUUCGCCGCCGAGGAAGAAGCGGUCUGACUGCCUUGGAAGAGGAAAAAGGGUGGCGCCGCCCAACAAUGGGUACUUUCAGUCCGCCGAGCUGGACCUUUUUUUCGCCCGGCCGCCUAGGCGCCAAGUCAACGGUGGUCAAGUAGUGGAGAAGCUUUUUGGGUAAUUACGGCAGAUACUUCGUAUAUGAUUAUAUUAUAGAUGCAUGCAAAGUAUGGAGUUUGGCACUCCGGCCACAAGCAAGAAUAUAAUAAGCUCCGGCGGUUUUCUUCAAAAAAAGCUCCGGCGGUUAGUUAUAUGGUUCUAUUUUCACUAGUUUCGCCUCAAGUAAAGAGCUAGCAAUGGAUUCUUUUUGUUGGUAACAAAUUUUGUAACUAAAUUGUUACCAAUUAAGGAUAAAAGGCAUGUUGGACGAUAGAGGAAUUUUUGUUUAAUUUGCUAGUGAUGAAAGUUUUGUAAUCAUGCAAAUUUAUUAUAUUGCUGUUUCGUCCUUCAAGUAUACAAGCAAUUUCUUUGUUAGUCUAAAAAUUCAUUUGUUGCUCAUUUCCAUUUAAGAAAUAU